UUGAUUAGGCAGCAAGUGGUGAGUGGAGGGCAAAAUGGGCAUUCAACACUUUUUUUUUGCCAAAGCAGCAGAAAGGAAAGAUCAGGAGAGGCAGGAGUCUGGAGAUGCGUCAGGGUUACAGGGACUCUCACCGCCCAAUCAGGGGGAUGCACAAAUGCAGCACUUGCCCCCUAUAAAGCCCCAGUGCAUGUGUUGCUCGUCUCCCUUUGAAACUCAGCAACAGCUACCGGGACCAGCUGGGCUUGUGGUUAGAAGGCUACGCACAUACUCAUUGAACUGUGGUUAGAUCCAGCGAUGAGGUCACUCAUGUGGUGUCAGAGGAGAGCCAGGCUUCAUCCCUGUGGAAGUGGCUGAAGGAGUGUGCCCUGAAGAAUCUACCCAGCAUGCAUGUGUUAGACAUCAGCUGGUUCACUGACAGCAUGAGAGAGGGGAGACCUGUUGCUGUGGAGACCAGACACCUCGUUCAGGACACCUUGCCCACAUUGCCAGAAGGUUCUACACCCACUCCUGUGGCCACCGUUUCACAAUACGCCUGCCAGAGACGGACAACCACAGAAAACAAUAACAAGAUAUUCACAGAUGCUUUUGAAGUGCUGGCGGAGAACUAUGAAUUCAACGAGAUUGAGGGUCCAUGCCUGGCCUUCAGGAGAGCUGCGUCUGUCUUGAAGAGUCUGCCCUGGGCAGUGCGGUGCCUGGGGGCCACUCAGGAUCUGCCCUGCCUGGGGGAACACACUAAGUCAGUCAUGGAGGAGAUCCUUCAACAUGGCCGUUCGUUUGAAGUCGAAAGAAUACUUUCUGAUGAAAGGUAUCAAACACUUAAGCUGUUCACAAGUGUGUUUGGGGUUGGACCUAAGACGGCUGAGAAGUGGUACCGCAGAGGGCUGCGCUCAUUCAGCGACAUUCUGGCAGACCGCAGCAUUCAUCUAAACCGGAUGCAACAAAGUGGUUUUCUGCAUUAUGAAGACAUCUCCAGGGCUGUCAGUAAAGCAGAGGCCCGAUCCCUGAGGAACAUUAUUGACGAAGCUGUCCAUGCGAUCACACCGGCCGCCAUACUUGCACUGACAGGUGGCUUUCGCAGGGGGAAGGAGUUUGGUCAUGACGUAGACUUUAUCGUGACCACACCUGAGCUGGGGAGGGAGGAGACGCUGCUACCAGACAUAAUUGAUGAACUGAAAAAGCAAGGCAUUCUGCUGUACUGUGAAUACCAGGCCUCCACCUUUGAUAUAGCAAAGCUUCCCAGCUGCAGGUUUGAGGCCAUGGACCACUUUGCAAAGUGCUUCUUGAUCCUGCGGCUGGAGGGCAGCCAAGUGGAGGGAGGUCUCCACAGAGCCGAGGGGGACAGCAGGGGCUGGAGGGCAGUGCGCGUGGACUUGGUGUCGCCACCUGUGGAUCGUUACGCCUUUGCUCUCCUGGGCUGGACCGGCUCCAGGCAGUUUGAGAGAGACCUGAGGAGGUUCGCUCAAGUGAAACGGAGGAUGCUUUUGGACAACCAUGCCCUGUACGACAAAACCAAGAAAGAGUUCCUGGCAGCUACGACUGAAAAGGACAUCUUUGCCCAUCUGGGUCUCGAGUACAUCGAGCCUUGGCAGAGAAAUGCGUAGGCCUCCUCUCCUCCCCGGCUGGAUCAUACCCUGUGCGUACAUCAGUGUUUAUCCCAUCUGCUUGCCGUUCUGCGGCUCUCCUGUGAUUCACUUUCAAACAGCUUUUGAUUUCCAUACAGUUUUGUUUAGUCGUUACCAUCAUUGUAGUUGUUGUUGUUGUCUGGGCUGGUGUGUAUGAUUCAUAAUUCUGCUUAUUCACUAUUGUCUGUUAGCGAGUAAACACUCUCCUAUACCAUUCAUGGUUUGCCUGUCUCUAAGUGUUGUAAUCAUAGGCAGGACACAAAGACAAAUCAGCCAGAGUAUGAAUCGCCUGCGAGGUGCAGGAGAGAGGGAGUGUGAAAGAAGCACAGAGGAGAGAGAAAGAGGGAAGGGGGUGACCACAGAGAGAAAGGGAGGGCGAGGGAGAAGACAGGAAACGAUGAGAAAAGCGAGGGGGAAGGGGAGCUUUUGUCGAGCAAAAUGUUGUAAUCACCCUCCUCCUGGCAGGAAAGUGCUCGACGUGAAGCUGAGCCAGGUCUCUGGGGAAUUGAGAGGCGGGUAAUGAGCUUCAGAUAGAGGAGCGUUCGGCGUCGCCAUUUAGCCUCCAUUUAAGCCUACGUCCACUGGAGAUCAUUUAGCUGGCAUGCGGCAAUCCAAAGACCCACAGUCUCCGUUCUUGUUUCCACAAUGAAUCCCCUUCCCCAGAUGCUCGGCUGAAAUUAGAGGCAAUCAGCUGCGCCGGGAAAUCAUGAAGAAUUCAGACGGAAGGUAAAUGAGUCCACUAACCACAUGAAUAGGUCUUGGCAUUCAAAGCAACUCUGGCUCCAGUGCGUAAAACAUCCAUUAUCUUAUUGCUUUGACUUUGCCUUAUGUUUUAUGUAUGACAGUUGCUUCUCAAGAUUUGCGUCCUUAUUUUUCCGUACGGUGGCUCUGUAGGACAAUGAUCCACUAAUGAAGAAACUUUAUUGAUCCCUGUGGGCAAUUUGGGUAAGUCUGUUCCUCCAGUGAUGACACAACCUGCCCUGCUGUCCACACCCCAACCCACUUUCCCAUGAUGCUCAGCCCCCCGCUUUAUCCCAUGGCGCCUCAACAAGAGCAGAGACAGAUGAGAGCGAGGCAUUUUAGUGAAUCACCCUAUUUAAAGAUCUUUAAGUAGAACAGUCCGGCACUUUGAGGACUCGACCCGGGCCUCCUCCCACCACCCUGUCUUCUCUCUCCCUCUUGGUCUCUGUCUUUCUUUUUUCUCCUGCUGUGUUUCUCUCGCUAACACAAAACAAACUCUAAAGGCUCUGAGUUGCCCUGUUAACCAGACGGAGCAAGCUCCAGCACCCUGGUCUCCUGGGUUAUCUGAUGUUUUCCCUUUAAAGUGGGCAUGAAUUCUUCCCAAAAAAUAGAUCUCUCCAGAGUGAAAAAAAAACAUCAAGCUGACCUCAAUAAAUUUACAUUUGUCCUG